AUUUGCAGAUGUGACCAUGAGAAGAGCAGAGAAGCAGAAUGGCUGCAGUUAGAUGGACACAAGUGUCUUUAUUCCUGAUGCUGGUGCUUCAGUUUACAGCAGCGACUAGGACAGAGCCGUCCUUCUUCACGGUCAAUGCUGGAGAUGAAAUAACUUUGCGCUGUGGGAACAUAUCCGAUCCUCUGCGUGACGCUGAAUCCACUGAGUGGCUCUUCAGUGGCUUCAGGUCACCUGACACUGAGAUCCUGGUGAAGGAGCUGAGCAGAAAAGUGACCAGAAGAUCUGACAGACUGAGUGUUUCAGCAGACCGUUCUCUGGUCAUAAAGACAGUCACAGUGGACGACGUCGGCUUUUACACCUGCAGGAAGAACGUUUCAGGACAAGAAGAUGAUGCAGACAUUUUUCUGUCUAUCAUUGACAUGGUGGAGCUGAAGGUCGAUGACAAGGUCGUCUUGAAUUGUUCUGUGCUGCAGUAUGAAGACUGCCGAUAUGUGGUGGAGUGGUUGUAUGUCGGUCCAAAGGAAAUACUUUCAGGCAUUGAAAUUUCACCACCUUCCUGCUCAGCCACCAUGACGCUUUCAACAUCGGGUCAUCAGCAGAAGCCAUACGAGUCUCUGACCUGUAAAGUCACCAACACUUACACCAAAAAAGUGGAACAUUUCCGCUUCAAACCUGGUCGUCCUGUUCAGAAAACAGAUGCAAUUACGAAAAAUCAACUAGAACAACAAGACUUUCCAUACUUGCUGAGAGGAAUCGUUGUGUCUGUGGGUUUGGCAGUUCUCAUAAUAUCUGUUGUUACAGUUAACAUAUUGACGAAAACUAAAGCAAACAAAUCAGAGGUGAAUGAAGACACUACACUUGACAACGAAGAAGAUGAACGUAUAGAAAUGUACGAAAAUAUUAUAGUGCUUUCUGCAUCAGACAGACUCCACUAACCAGAAAUCUCAAACUCAGGUUUGCAUGUUUUACACGUGGUGAGGAAACGGUGCUGGAACCAGAACGUUUGGACUCAGUGUUUAUGGAAAAGAGUUCCAGAAAGCAGCAGAAACAGAAGAAAAAUGUGACCACAAGAGUGACACAUCAUUGUUAUAAUUUCUUUGUGAAUUGUUAGGGUUAGGGUUAUGGGGAGGGUUAGGAUUUUUGUUUUGUUCUGUACAACUUUUGUGUUUAUUAAAGCCUUACAAAGAGAAGUUGACAUCUUUCUUUCAC